AUGACUUCUAAAAUAGCUUUAGUCGUAUUUGGUUUACUCUUAGUAACCAUAGUCAACAUUGUUCAAUCUGUGCCUGUCAAAUCAAUCAAAGAACUUCUUCAAUUACCUAAAAAGACUGUAGAAGAAUCCGCUGAUCAAACAGAACCAUCAACAACUUCUACUAGUCCUACAACUACCGCUUCUCUAGAUACACCCACAAUACAACAUGAAACCAAUGAUAUUAAGAAAAAACGUUAUAUUGAUAAUUAUGAUCGAUUCGAUGAUUUUAUAGAUGAUGAAAGUAGUAAUGAAGAUAAUGACAACAAUGUUGAAAAUAUAAUACAUACAAGAAUUAAUGAAUAUCCAACUAAAAUUUAUGGUAAUCCAGAUAAAUCAGUUGAUACAGACAAUACAAAUGUAUUUACCGAUAUUAACAUGGAUCCACGUGAAUUUAAAAAUCUUGCACGAAAACGUCGUAAUAUUAAAUUAAAUCCAGAAUCUAAACAAAGACAUAAACGAGCUUCAUCAAUAUAUGAUUUUUAUAAUAAUGAUCCGUUAUAUGAAUCAUUAAUUGAACGUCAACAAUUUAUCCGUCCAAAUCAAGCUUUAGCUCCUCUCUAUUUGUACUCGCCAACAUAUGAACGAAAUAUUCGUUCAGUUCGUGUACCAUAUUUUUAUGAUUCACCUGAAUGGAAUAAAAUCUUUGCGAAUACCAUUGAAAAUGAUGAUGAUCAAAUUCCAUUUGCUAUGAAUGAUGAUGAAGAUGAUGAUGAUAAUGAUGAUGACUAUGAAUUUAAUCGUUAUCCACUUUUCUUAGAAUCAUCUAAUAUGCCAUACGAUAAUUUACAAUUACAACAACAAUAUAAUAUUGACAAUAUUCCAAUAUAUGAAGAUGAUGAUCAAGAUGAUGAAAAUUUUUUGAUGCCUUAUAGACCAAUUGAAAGUUAUUUAAAAUAA